AUGCUCGAUGAUCCGCCGCAACUACCACUAACCAUUUCUUCGCCAGCGUCCCCGUCGGAUUGGUUCUCAGGCCCGAUACUGGCGAAUGCUUCGAUUGAUCAAGCAGUUCCGGCAACUCCAUCGAGUCCCGCGAUUUCUGCCAUGGACAGUGAUCAGGGAGAGAACGGGCAUCAGAACGGGAGUGGCCCAAGCCGUUCAAUCAGCCAGGUGACGCGACCAACGGCUGAACAUUCUCCUGUGGAAGCUCCUCACCUUCAUCGAAGCAUCGCAGAUCAGCUCGUUGACCAAAGUCGUUCUUCCUCUGUAGAAGAUGAGUCAACCGUCGCUAGGCUUGCGCCGCCACGCCCAAUUAGUGAUCAAGCAAAUAGUUCUCAACAGUCUGGAGAUGGAGGUCUACUUGUUCCACAAGACAGACGGAGAUCCGUCGUUUCUGCAAUUUCUAGUGCAAGUCGGGGUUCGGGAUCAGUUGUGUCCCAAGCUCAUUCACGACCGAGCAUUUCCCCUGCCGAUGCAGAAGAGGUCUUCGAUGUCGAACCAAUGAAAGGACAGCCUGGAUCUCAAUUGCAACCAUCAGCACUCAAUGACUUUGACGAUGUACAGUGGAGAUCUUCUCCGGCAGGUGAGGCCGAGUCACCUCGAAACGACACGCCUCCGCCAGGAAUCGACGAGCCUUACGUACCUUUGGAUAUAGAUGUUGAUUCUGAAGCCAUCCGACGUGCACAGGCAGGAGAAGAGAAGCCGGAAAUGACGGGAGAACAGGGGAGUGAAGGAGAACGCAAUAUUGCAUCUAAUUUACCCGGGCAUCAUCGUCCAUUCUCGUUCUCAGGCAUCGAAGACAUCGAUGGUCACCACUCGCCGCCAUGGCAUUCUUCACUACCCAUGAGCCCAGUCAGCCAAACAUUCAGCAACUCGUCUCUCAACAAAGAGAUGUCCCAAGUCAGUGUUGACGAGGUUGUUAAUCAAGCGGAUGCCGUUUCGGGACAGAGACAGUCAAGAUCCUAUUCACGACCGUUCGGAGUCGAUCCUAACGUGCGGAACCAUCCUGCACUUAGGGUUCAAGAGGUUCAACCCGAGCAACCGAUGAAUAGAGUACAUAUGUACUCCUCUGAAAGCCCCCUGCCAAGCGCAAGACGACCCCAGGAGGAAAUGGAAAGGUUGCGGCAACAGAGGGAGAUGUACCAGCAUGGACAUGGACGACCAGUCAGCACCGAGGUCGAGCAAGGUGGCAAUGGAGAGUUCCGUAUUGCAGGACCAUACAUCCAGGAAUACAGAUCCCCAAAGCCUGUAACGGCACCAAGAAUUGGACGAAGUCCAGUACAAGUGGAAGCCAGCGGCCAACCCAUGCCCGGUGCGAGGGUUUCUUCUUAUCCCGGACAAAAUUCAUUAGGGGCUGAACAAGGACAGCAGCAGUUGCAGCCGAGCAGAUUGUCUGUUGUUGGAGGCACUGACGAUCCUCGCCGUUUGCCCGAUCAAUACGCACCACACCAGCACCAACGUAGCUAUGGAUACGAAUCAGCUCCUAUGCGCGAGCAGUCGUAUGAUAUGGAACCCGAGUCCGAGCACGGACAUCAACCGCAAUACCAUCCAGCACCGCAACCUCCAUCUCAGCUGCCUAUUCAAGAAAGCACGUAUGCGCAAAAUCAGCGCCAGUCCAUGCCGCCACCCUCGGUACCUGCUCCGAAAGAGGAUCUUCCUCCUCAACCGUCGAGCGGCAAGACAGGCAUGUUUGGGAGCAUCUUCGGAGUCAAGGGGCGAAACAAGCUUCAGAAAAUAAGCCGCUCUGAGUCGCGUACCGACGAGAGAGAUGCCUACGGCCAGAAAAAGGAGAAACGAGCUAGUCUCUUCCGGCGCAAUAGUCGUCACGACAGUAUCUCGUCCAAGCGGAGCAGUCAAUACGGUGAACAUGACCAAUCCAGUCACCUCACGCAAGUUCCAUCGCACCCUACCGCCGGCAGGAGACUUUCGCGAGACGCAUUGACGACGCCCGAGCCCAAAGAACUGAACCCAGUAUCCGAAACUGGAAAGAAGAAACGCUUUUCGGGGUUAGGUGGACGAAUCUUCAAGACCGGCGGGGCCAAAGAUUCCACAAGAGCAAACUCUGCACCUAUCGAUUCAACUUCAGCGAAACGAACGUCGACACAAAACCUUGAGCAGCAGAUUCGUGCUCAGACAUUCAUGUCGCCGCAAUCCUAUUCACAAUAUUCGAGUGCGGGUAUGCAAGGAUACUCCUAUGCUGAGGACGCUGCUGGGCAACUUCAAUACCCUUCGGCAUCAGCAUCGAACAUGGGCAUGACAACAACUUAUCCGGGACCAGGAGCAUAUCAGCAUCAGCAGCAACCAUUUCCCGGUAUGUAUGAGAGGAAUAUGGUCUCGCUACCACCGCAGUCACAGCAACAGUUUACGGGUUAUGACUUUGGUUUACCUGGUACAUCAGCACAUCAAGGCCUCCACGAGCGUGAACGUGAACGACCUUCGCCCUUGCGGAUCGAUACGAGCGGUACUCCAAACCAAAGUGGUUUUCGCUAUGGUGGUAGUGGUAACCCCGUCACGACGGCACCCAUUCAGACAUUUCCUCAGCGAGAUCCAAAUUUCUCGCGGGGGGUAAGACCAGAAUACGCGGCAGGUCCCACGAGUGAGGGUGCGGGUGCUAGUGUCAUGAGUAGAGGUGGUGCAAUAAGCCCACCAGCUGCCGGAGUAGCCAGGACAGUCAGUCCAGCCUUCGGUGGUGUUUCUGCUUCUAUUUCUCCGUCUGCCUCCCAGCCUCGAGAAGACAGCAGAGCACAUGCUAUGAAUCUCCAUAAACGAUCACGAUCACCGAGAUUGGGCCGACGGCCGUCCAGCGAGGAUCUGGAUGCAGAGAGGCGUGCGCAAAAUGGAGGAGUUAGUGUCGACCACAGGGGCAGUGCUGGCCGGGGGCUGGUGGACAAGUUGGGUACGUUUAGUAGUAAACGCAUCAGUCCUGUCGGUGGUGUUCCCAGAGAUGAAAGUGAGCAGGAGAGGCCUUUCAAUAUUACGGUACCUGGGUUGGAUGAAGGUGAGGAUAGUUCGGGACAACAACGAAGCAGCAAACCCGGUGUUUCUUCAACUAUGAGAGAGCGAGUGGAAGGUGGUGCUGCGAGAAGCGACACACCAAUCAGUGUCGAGUCCGGGUCGAAUGUCAGGUUAUCCUCAGCUGCGUCUCCGCCGGCAAAGGGAGACGGGCUUGAGCGAGGAGUUAGUUUGAUGGAGAGUGACAAGGACAGGGACAAGAACAAGAACAAGACUGCGAAAGACCGAUCUGGUGGAGUCAUUGCAGAGUUACCUGGAAGUCACGCUGAAGGGUACGAAAGUGACGAAGAGGUCCUUAUGAGUGCAACUGCGUAUCCAGGACAGGAAUGGGUCCCUGUUGUUGUUGGAGAUGGUAGAUGGGAUGAUUGA